AUGACCGCUUGCAAUCCCUAUCUCACGCCUGUCGACACUAAACCCAACUCGCUGCGACUAACAGCCCUCCUUUCGCUGACCCGACAAUGUAUCGAAGUUUCGCCGGUGCUCUUCAAUACCUUACUUUUUACACGGUCUGAUAUCUCUUAUGCUGUUCAACAGGUCUGUCUCUUCAUGCAUGAUCCACAUGAAAGCCAUUUCACUGCCUUAAAACGAAUCCUUCGAUAUGUUAAAGGCACCAUUUCCCACGACCUUCAGCUUUACAAGUUGUCUGCCAUGAAUCUUGUCGCCUACUACGAUGCCGAUUGUGCUGGAUGUCCUACGACUCGUCGGUCCACUUCAGUUUUAUGUAUUUUCUUCGGUGAUAAUCUCAUUUCAUGGUCAGCUAAGCGUCAGCACACAGUUUCUCGCUCUAGCGCGGAGGCUGAAUAUCGGGUGGUAACCAAUGCGGUGGCCGAGAUCUCGUGGUUGUGGAACCUUUUUCUAGAGAUGCGCUGUCCGCUCCAGAAAACAUCAUUGGUCUUUUUAUGA